GAGCUUGUUAUGUGCCAUGUUAUGUGACCCUGCAGGCAGCAAGUGUGCACAGAUGCUGUGAAGGAGGGAGGGUGACACGGGCCUGCAUCACCGGAAUGGGUGGGAGCAGGUGGAGGAGAAAAACAAGGGAGCUAUAAGAGAGAGAAGGGUCGUGUUUUCUUACAAUGACUGCUGACGGAUCAGAGUGAGCUCUGCUGCUGAGACUAGGAGAGAUCUCCAGCUAAACCUCACCACAGUAUUUUUCAGUGAGGAAGAUGAGGAUGAAGAGUUCCCUGGUUCUGUUCUGCGUCAUUGUAACAUGUGGGGCUCAGAAAUGGAAACAGGAAAUGACACGUUGGGACUCUAAAGACAACAGCAACGGCAAGACUUGCUCCAACCUCACCCAGGUCCUUGACAACUGGAAAUUCGCCAUUAUAACCCAAGUGAAAGACCUGCUGAUCAACGACCACGCCUCUGUUUUACCUGAAUACAACAGGAUCCAGCCCCUGUCAAAUGCUCUGGGAGACCUUUACAAGCAGUUCAACACUCUUAAAGACGAGCUGGCAGCGCUCUCUGCAAAGUUUGACAGCGUGGAGGGCUUCGUGGAUGAUCUGAAGGAAGGCAGAUUCACUGUGCCGCAGCGUCCCGUGCACAGGCUUCCCCCUGGGGUUGGACUCAGAGUUCCUCUGCGAGCGCAGAUGAGGGCUCCUGUACAGGGGAUUAUGAGGGGGCCAACAGUGAUCAGAGCGAGGAGGAGAGGGCCACAAACACCGUAGACCUCCUCACUACAUGUUUCAUUCUUUUAUUAAUGCUGACUAUCAAAAAGAGAUAAUGUGUUUGCAUUUUUACAGAAAAUGUAGCUUUAUGUAAUUUAUACAAGUCAUGCAUGAUUGUAUGCAUAUGAAAACUUUAAGUCUUCCAUAAAUGUUUUGAGAAUAUGUAUAUAUUACUUUUUUGUACAAAGUUUAUUUUAACCACAAGGUGGCAGCAUUUGUCAUAUGAUCAGAAUGGUCAGUUAGGUGUUUGGAGUACCACAGCUGGACACGUGGUAACAGAAAGACUUAAAAGCUGGUCUUGUACUGUGACAUCUAAUAUAAUGAUAUAUAAUUGACAUAUUUUAAUAACAAUCUGACCUUAUGUUUAGGGAGGAGCUAUGCUGUCCUGACUUACAAUUAUAUGUAUUUUUUGGAACCCAUGAUAAUAAGCAUGUGCUUAACAUUUACAUCUGUAAACAAUGAUCAUUACAAUUAAAAUAAAUAGA